ACCAUGGAUAGAGGGAGGGAGAGUGCUAAUCAGCACAGAAACAAAGAGGGAAACACCCACACUGCUGAGGGCCUGAACUCUCCCCAAUGAGGGGACAUUGGAUUCGUCAGGCCUUUGGUUGAGAGGCGCGUCAAGAGAGUUGUUAGCAAACUUCCGGUACCGCUCUAGUUAAGUGCCGCUGACUCGACGCUGCUCAUAACAGACCACCAGGCGCACCGGCAGCUCCCGUCUCUGCUGACUCAGUGCCUUACCAGCAGUCCCUUCACCCCGAGAUACAGCACCCAGCUACCAACGCACUCUGCUCCGGUCAACUCGCCCCGGCACCACCGUACAGACAUGGCUAAGACCGCUAUCGCUUACAAAGAGAAGAUGAAGGAGAUUUCAGUUCUCUCACUCAUCUGCUCUUGUCUGUACCCUGAGACCCGUAAGAACCUCAUGGGCGACUUUGAAGACCUGGACAUCAAACCCAUUAACAAGCGAGCCUCAGGCCAGGCCUUUGAGGUGAUCCUGAAGCCGACUUCGCCUGUGACCGAUGCUGCAUACUGCAUCACCAAUCCCCCGAAGAGGGACCUUUCCCUGGAGGACAUCCAGAAGAAACUGGAGGCAGCAGAAGACCGAAGGAGAUCCCAGGAGGCGCAGGUCCUUCGGGCCCUGGCUGAGAAGCGGGAGCAUGAGCGCGAUGUGCUGCUGAGGGCCAUGGAGGAGAACAGCAACUUCAGCCGCAUGGCUGAGGAGAAGCUCCAGCUGAAGAUGGAGCAAAAUGAGGAGAACCGGCUGGCUGUCAUGGCAGCCAUGAUGGAGCGCCUGCAGGAGAAGGAGAGGCACGCUCAGGAAGUGCGCAGGAACAAGGAGUUGAGAGAAGAAGUGACAGCGUGAGAAGCCCCAACAGGUCCCACAUCCCACCUCCAAACCCCGCCCACCUACCCACCACCACUUCCCAACCCUGAGGGACACCCCUCUCCCCAACAUAUCCCCACCUCUCCACCCCUUUGCCAUACUCCCCCAUACUACUAUGAAACCACCACCGCCUGAGACGCCAUCCUGAGACAGUGGGAGGUUCAAAUGGGGUUGGGGGUGGAAAAAAAAAGCAAAAAUGAUUUUAAAAAGAAAAGAAAAAUUAAUGUCUCCCACCCACUCUUCCAAAAAGAAUGUUUUGCUCAGUUUCGAAUGACAAGAAAAAAAGAAAUCAAAUUGACAAGCGACUGUGGGUAUUGGUUUCUGUAAAUACUUCUUUUUUUGUUAUAUACAGUACGAUACAAGCAGCAAAAGUAUUGAUUGCAGUGUGCCAUUUUUUCUAUAUGAGUUUCCUCUCCUUGCAUAUAUAUGGAUGUAAUGAUUUGUUCAUUUUCAUGUUUUUUAUUGUUUUGUUCAUUUCAGCCUGACGAUCAUUUCAGGCGUAGGUGUUUAUUGUGAGUUUGCCAGCUAGCUGAUGUUUGCUGUGAUUGGCUGGGCCCUCACAAGGCCUGCAUCCUGGCUCCGUUCCCUAAAAUCCCUUCAAGUGGGCACUGCCAUUUGACCCUCCAGAUCUGGAAACAAAACUGAAUCUGUGUUUGGUUGGAGUGAUUUUCCAUCCACUUUUUUGCCAAUGUUCCAAUUAGCCAGGGACCUGUGCAAGAAAAUUGGCAGAAGGAAAGGGGACAGUUUGCUUCCUGUGAGGACUGCAGGACAUCGCUGCACAUCCAAUCCUCUGAGGUAGAUGAGGAGAACACUAUAGCAUUUAAUGAGCCCAUUCUUCCUCCAUCUUCCCUCUGUCUGCAACCUCUUCAUCUCUCCACAUACAAACUGUACAAGCACUCACUCACACGCUCUCCACAUGGGCAGGCAUUUAGUCAAUCAUAGCACAGAGCUCAGUUUGGAGCAUGCUAAAUUCUGUCCAUCUGGCACCGGAAAAAGCUCACAGAACAUCUCUGACCAAUGGUGGGGCCUCUCAUAUUACUCCAAAUCAAGCAUCCGAUCACAAUUAAACCACAUAUUACUGUAAUAAAAUCACAACUGGGAUUUAUGAACGCUGGAAUGCAUAAAAACUUCACUCAAAUCAGACUUGUUACUGUGAUUCUUUUAGGGAGACAACAAAUAAAUCCAUCUUGCUCUGUUUCAAAGAGGCUAGAGUAGUGCUCAACAUCAUCGGCGCCUACUGUAAUCAUAACAUUUCACUCCACUGUAAACGCAGCUGCAAGGUCAGCACAAGAAAGAUAUUGAAGCCAUAACAGGUAUCACUGCAACAAUGAUCAAUGAAAACAGUAUUGCCAUCUGUAAAGGUGUAUUGAAGUAUCAGAAUAGGUUGUGACCAGGGAUGAUGAAGUCUGAGGUUGAACCCUGUUGGUGAGACACAUGCACAGUAUAGGCCCAUAGGUGUAUGUGAGUAUGUGUGUGUGUGUCUGUAUUUCAGAAAGGGUAUGUUUGUGCCAUGUUGUACUGACUUGGUGAAGUGUAAAUCAUUACAGUGUGUAACAGCUGUCACAAGUUCAUCAAAGACAGUGACUAUCAUACAAGCCUCUCUCUCUCUUCUGUCCAUCUGUGUGUUUCCCCCUCUCCACAUAUAUCUUUGUGAGCAAGCAGUGGUUAAUAAAGAUUUGGGGUUCAGUGAAUGAAA